AUGGGGGAGCACAGAGCAGCUCGGACGAGGGAGCAGUACCCGUGGGCGCGCUACCGCUGGCUGGACUCCCUCCUGGGCCUGCCCUCCCAUCGCCAGCGCCGCUUCCUCGCGCACCACCUGGCCACGAGCCCGCUGUGCAAUGCGCUGGGCGGGCUGGUGUUCCUGGGCACGCCCUUCUACGUCAAGACCUGGCAUCGCCACGGCGUGCUGUUGCUGCUGGUUACCACCUCCGCGUCUGUGGGGGUGACGUUCGUGGUCAUGUGGGGCUACGUGCUGCUGUGGCGCGUGACUGUACUCGCCAUUGCAGGCGAGCUUGCGAGGUAA